AUGCGUGCCUCACUAUUCCUCUCGGCGCUCAGCGUCUCCUCAGUCAUGGCCGCCCCAGUCCUCCCCGAGAUCAACGCCAACUCAGCCCAUGCCGACUCCCUCAAGAAGGUAUCAGAGUACUUCAACCUCCUCGCCGUCAAGAUCCAACAAAGCAAGUUUGAGAGCGCCGUACCAACAUGUGAUCUCUCCAAAGUGGCCAUGCCCCAAGCACCCUCACCACUCCCAGCCCCCUCCUUCGGCCUAACCCUCAAGCACGUCGCCCUCGGCCGCGGCACCCAAAACUACACCUGCGACACCACCAACGCCACCGCCAUCCCCGUCGCCAACGGCGCCGUCGCCUCCCUUUUCAACGCAUCCUGCAUCGUCGCCGCCUACCCCGACAUCGGCGCCAUGCUCUCGGGAGUCUCCAUGAGCUUCAACCUGUCCAACCUCGCCUCCAUCGCCUCCUCCCUGCCCCCUUCCUUCCUCAAGCAAACCCUGGCCCCGACAUCAGGCAUGGCCGUCUCCGGAGCUCACUACUUCACCAACGCCUCCACUCCCUUUUUCAACAUGGACGCAUCGCAAUGGAAGAUCGGCGAGGCCCCCUGCGCCAAGAACAACUCCGCGCCUGCGCCCGAGGCGGCGGCCAAAGGCCAGCAAGGCGAGAAGGCGGGUUCCUUGGCUGAAGCUCGUUACGAGACCGGGAGCGACGGGUGGCUUGCAGGAGGUUUAUCGCGUGGAGACGGCCGGUGGAAGUGCCCCUGA